AUGUCUCACAUCAAACAUCCAACCCCACACACCACCCAAUCUGUGGACUAUUCCACUUUGGGGAUCUCUCGCCCGCAGCAGAUGCGUUCCUCUGAUAUGUUAAAGUUGGAGGAAGCACCACCGCCCGCUCGCACUCCAGAUAUGUAUUCCAUCCUACCCCAGUACCAAUCCGUGGGUUAUACUCACAACGCAAAAAGACUUGAGGAGGAGACAGAUCCAUUUGUGGAGCCCAUCCAAAAGCACUUGAGCCAGACCUCCCUAAGUGGCCCUCGAAAGUCCGAUCGCGUGGAGUUCAGAGAAGCGUACAGAGAAGCAGAGAUUCAGGAGGCAGUACCACAACCGCCUCUUUUCCGUCGGAUGUCCAGUCAAGAAGCUCGUCACGACUCGCAGAACGAUUCGUGUGGCAUCUUCAGUGAUAACUACCGGGUGCAUGAUUUAAACGGGUCAGCCAAACGCUCUGGCAGUUAUAGUGGGAGCUCAGAGGGCCCCACUAGUCAUUCAGAGUCUAUUUUUGAUUCCUCGUCCCGAAGUCCCACUGCCUAA